CUGGGGCGGUGGGAGUGCGGCCGCGCAUGCGCGGAGGCAGGGCCGGGGCGCGGCGGUGAGGGGCCGGCAUGGCUGCCAGCGCUAAGUCCUUCCUGGCCGAUGCGGGCUACGGCGAACAGGAGCUGGACGCCAACUCCGCCCUUAUGGAGUUGGACAAAGGCCUCAGGUCCGGCAAGCUCGGGGAGCAGUGCGAAGCCGUCGUUCGUUUUCCCAGGCUCUUCCAGAAAUAUCCUUUCCCUAUUCUCAUUAAUUCAGCUUUCCUAAAGCUAGCCGAUGUUUUCAGGAUGGGAAACAACUUCCUGAGGCUGUGUGUGCUCAAAGUUACCCAGCAGAGUGAGAAGCACUUAGAGAAGAUCCUAAAUGUGGAUGAGUUUGUCAAAAGAGUUUUCUCAGUAAUUCAUAGCAAUGAUCCAGUUGCUCGGGCUAUUACGCUUCGGAUGCUGGGCAGUAUGGCAUCUAUUAUUCCAGAAAGGAAGAAUGCACAUCACAGUAUUCGUCAGAGUUUGGAUUCGCAUGAUAAUGUGGAAGUUGAAGCUGCUAUAUUUGCUGCUGCCAACUUUUCUGCACAAUCAAAGGAUUUUGCUGCUGGAAUAUGUAAUAAAAUCAGUGAGAUGAUUCAAGGUUUGGCCACACCUGUGGACUUGAAAUUGAAGUUGAUCCCUAUUCUACAGCACAUGCAUCAUGAUGCCAGCCUGGCCUCCAGCUCCCGGCAGCUGCUUCAGCAGCUGGUGACAUCGUAUCCCUCUACCAAGAUGGUCAUUGUUACUCUGCACACCUUUACUCUGCUCGCUGCUUCUUCUUUGGUUGACAUUCCAAAACAGAUCCAGCUUUUGUUGCAGUACUUGAAGAAUGACCCCAGGAAGGCUGUGAAGAGGCUUGCAAUCCAAGAUUUAAAGUUACUGGCCAACAAGACACCACAUACAUGGAGCAGAGAAAAUAUUCAGGCACUCUGUGAAUCUGCUCUUCACACUCCUUAUGACAGCUUGAAACUGGGCAUGCUAUCUGUUCUUUCCACGUUAUCAGGAACCAUUGCCAUUAAACAGUACUUCAGCACUGCUCCAGGAACAGCAGCUACAACUGUGAGAUCACUUGAUUUAGUAAAACUAGCACAGGAGUGCUGUUACCAUACUAACCGUGGCAUUGCAGCUCAUGCUGUGAGAAUUAUGACUAAUAUAUCAACCUCUUGUCAGGAAAAAGAACUUCUGCCUUUGGAGCAAGAUGCGGUUUGUAGCUUAGAAGCUCUUCUUCUUCUUUGUAGUCAAGAUGACAGUCCAGGGGCUCAGGCAACCUUAAAGAUCACGUUAACUUGUAUGGUGAAGCUGGUCAAGUGCCGUCCUCACCUGAGCCAGUUAGUGGUUGAAUCCCUGCUGACCCAGUUGCACGUUGCCCAGGACGCUGCACGGAUCCUCAUGUGCCACUGUUUAGCAGCUAUUGCCAUGCAGCUGCCUGUCCUAGCAGAUGGGAUGCUAGGAGACCUGAUGGACCUCUAUAAGUUAAUUGGACAAGCUGCCACAGAUAAAAAACAGGAGCUCUUGGUUUCUCUCGCCACAGUGAUAUUUGUUUCCAGUCAGAAAGCUUUAUCUCCAGAAAUCAAAACUGUUAUCAAACAGCAGCUUGAGAAUGCCUCCAAUGGAUGGACUGCCUACAGGAUAGCCAGGCAGGCUUCCAGAAUGGGCAACCAUGACAUGGCCAGAGAGCUCUAUCAAAGCCUGCUGACUCAAGUGGCUUCAGAACACUUCUACUUCUGGCUGAACAGCUUGAAGGAGUUCUCCCAUGCAGAACAGUGUCUGACAGGUUUGCAGGAGGACAACUACAGCUCCGCGCUUACUUGCAUUGCUGAAGCUUUAAAAUCCUAUUACAAAGGAAUAGCGUCGCUCACGGCUGCUAGCACGCCACUUAAUCCUCUGAGCUUUCAGUGUGGAUUCGUGAAACUCAGGAUUGACCUUCUGCAAGCUUUUUCUCAACUUAUUUGUACCUGCAACAGCCUAAAAACAAGUCCACCACCCGCUAUUGCCACAACGAUUGCUAUGACGUCGGGAAAUGAUCUCCAAAGGUGUGGACGCAUCUCUAACCAGAUGAAACACUCAAUGGAGGAAUUCCGAAACCUGGCUACACGGUAUGGAGAUCUGUAUCAGUCAUCUUUUGAUGCAGACUCGGCAACUCUAAGGAAUGUAGAGCUACAACAGCAGAGCUGCCUGUUGAUUUCACAUGCGAUAGAAGCUCUGAUUUUGGAUCCAGAAUCUGUAAGUUUCCAGGAGUAUAGCUCAAAUGGAACAGCACAUGUUGAGAGUGAAUAUGAAAGAAGAAUGAUGUCUGUAUUUAACCAUGUACUGGAAGAAGUGGAAUCCCUGAACAGGAAGUAUGCUCCUGUGUCUUACUUGCAUACCGCUUGCCUGUGUGAUGCUGUCAUUGCGUUGUUGAAGGUACCCCUUUCCUUUCAAAGGUACUUUUUUCAAAAGCUACAGUCUACAAGUAUUAAGCUUGCGCUAUCCCCAUCUCCAAGGAACCCAACAGAACCUAUUGCAGUACAGAACAAUCAGCAAUUGGCCCUGAAGGUGGAAGGAGUGGUUCAGCAUGGUUCUAAACCCGGCCUUUUCCGUAAAAUCCAGUCGGUCUGUCUAAACGUCUCCUCGGUACUGCAGAGCAAAUCUGGCCAAGACUAUAAGAUUCCUAUUGACAACAUGACCAAUGAAAUGGAGCAGAGGGUGGAACCACACAACGACUACUUCAGCACUCAGUUUCUGUUAAACUUUGUGAUACUUGGCACCCACAACAUCACAGUGGAGUCCUCUGUGAUAGAUUCAAAUGGUAUUGUCUGGAAAACCGGGCCUAAAACAACUAUCUUGGUUAAAUCUCUUGAGGAUCCGUACUCCCAGCAGGUUCGUCUUCAGCAACAGCAAGGACAGCCGCCAUCCCAGCAGCAACAGCAGAGAACAGCAUACUCACGGUUUUAAUCCCCAGAAGUGACUCUGUCCUGGUCAAUGGUAUUACAGUUCUUCUUGGAAACUUUUUUUGAAAGACCUACAAUUUUACCUUUCUAGAAAGUCUCGGAUGCCAACUGGGGUAGAUUUGAACUUGGUUCAGCUGAGGCAACUCUGUUCAAAUCUGGAGUUGUACUUUUAAUAUAAGGAUGUUUACCUGAUCACUUCUGUUUACAAACCUGUUGCAGCAGACUUUGGUAGCAGGGGGACAGUAAGAGCUCUUUGACUAGUACUUUCUGUACUUUCUUUUUUGAAGCACAUAGGUUCUAAUGUUAGGCUCAGAGGACAUCAGUAAAUACUUUGACUAGAUAAUAAAGAACUGAGUGUAAUACCAAGUCUGUAUCUGGCAAGAAUAUCCAGAGAUAUUUUUGUUUCUCUCUGACAGUUUAAUAGCAAGUAUUUGGCUGGUGUAUGUGUAUUAUUACAAUUCAUUGGCUCUACUUAAUGCACACAAAUAUAAGUAAAUGUUGCAGCUCACUUCUCAUACCCAGUAAUUGUAGAGAGAGGAGACUGCUUGAGGUAUUGCUGUCCAGAGAGUCUUACCAGAGGCAGAAUUUUACUGGUGGGAACAAUAAACUGUUUCUCAGAUGAUAUACAAAAGAUUACUAUAUAAAUUGUAAGUCUUCAUGUAUCUGUAUUUUGGAAGGGUUUUGUUUUGUUGUAGGUUUUUUUGGUUUGGUGGUUUGGGUUUGUUUUUCUCUUUUAAGCGGGAAGUUAACUUACAAGUUUUCAUGUGUUGUAAUUGCUUUGUUUUUUUAAAAAAGGAAUUUUAUAAACCAAGGCUCUGUAAUCUUGUGUACUCCUUGACCAAUUUAGUAAUCUUAAUUGUUACUUUUACAGGAUAACCUGAAGGAAAAUUUGGCUAAUACUGGAAAUCUAUCCAGGAUAAUUUUGGAAAUAUGCUGCUUUGUACAUAUGGUUUUCAUGCUUCCUUUGAGACAUUAAAAGGCUGAACUCUG